CAUUCAAAUUCCGCAGAGAAAAAGGGUAAAAGUAGCAGAUCCCGGUUUCAUCAGUGCAAAGAAAGAAAAUGGAGAAAAUAUGCGUGGCCGUUAGAGUUCGUCCUCUUGUUUCUCAAGAUUCCCUCAAUGGAAGCUUCUGGAAAGUCGAAGAUAACCGUAUCUCUCUUCACAAGAUCCAUGGAACUCCACUCUCUGGCUCUUCCUAUGCUUUCGAUCAUAUAUUCGAUGAAACUAGCACUAAUUCAAGUGUCUAUGAGCUUCUUACUAAGGAUAUCAUUCACGCUGCCCUCAAUGGCUUCAACGGGACUGCAUUUGCUUAUGGGCAGACAAGUAGUGGGAAGACAUUUACUAUGAAUGGUUGUGAGACUGACCCAGGAGUGAUUCCUCGGGCAGUUAAAGACAUAUUUGCAAAAAUUGAAACGAUGUCUGAAAGGGAGUUUUUAAUUCGAGUUUCCUACAUGGAGAUUUAUAAUGAAGAGAUUAAUGAUCUUCUAGUAGUUGAAAAUCAGAAAUUGCAAAUUCAUGAGAGUCUAGAGAGGGGAGUAUUUGUUGAUGGGCUCAGAGAGGAAAUUGUCAAUAAUGCUGAACAAGUGUUAAAUCUCAUUCAAAUAGGGGAAGCUAAUAGACACUUUGGUGAGACAAAUAUGAAUGUAAGGAGUAGCAGAUCACAUACAAUAUUUAGAAUGGUGAUUGAAAGCAAGGGGAAGGAUUCCAAUUCCUCCGAUGAUUCUUCAAUAAAUGACAUUGUUCGAGUUUCAGUCUUGAAUUUAGUAGAUCUUGCUGGUUCUGAAAGGAUUGCAAAAACUGGAGCUGAUGGUGUGCGCUUGAAAGAAGGAAAAUAUAUUAACAAGAGCUUGAUGGUUCUAGGAAAUGUUAUUAAUAAACUAAGUGAAGGUUCGAAACAAAGGGGGCAUAUCCCAUAUCGUGACAGUAAAUUAACACGUAUACUCCAACCUGCUCUUGGCGGAAAUGCCAAAACGUCUAUUAUUUGCACUGUAGCCCCAGAAGAGGAUCACAUUGAAGAAACAAAGGGAACUCUUCAGUUUGCUAGUAGAGCCAAACGCAUCACCAAUUGUGUUCAAGUGAAUGAGAUUCUGACAGAUGCAGCAUUGUUAAAGCGGCAACAGUUAGAGAUCGAAGAGCUACGUAAGAAACUUCAGGGAUCCCAUGCUGGUGAGCUCGAGCAAGAGAUUCUUAAACUCAGGAACGAUUUGCUCAAGUAUGAAAUGGAGCGUGGGAAGCUUGAAAUGGAACUGGAAGAGGAGAGGAAAUCCCGUAAUCAAUGGAUUAACGAGCAACAGAUGAAAAUUGAAAAUUCUACUACUGCAUCAUUCUCAGUCUCAGAUUGUAGAACGAACGAAUAUCAGGGACGUAGAAAUUUGAGGCAAGGAUUUAUGGAAGAGUACAAUGACAUUAAUAGUACAUCAUCUCAAGGAGAUAUAUUUAAAUCUCCCUGUUUGAAGACAUCCAGUGCUUUUGUUGCCAAGCGAUCCAAGUAUUCAACAUUACCAGAUAGCAGUCCUCUUCCCGAUGCUUUCAGCAAUGUGGCUGAUGAAGAUAUGUGGUUGAAAAUGAACAAUGGUUACAUUGCGGACCUUGAUUCGCUUCAAACUACUCCGACUAGAAAUUUUCAAUCAUUCCCACCAAGUGAUACAACUCCUGGUUGUACAAGUAAAAUUGCAAAGUAUGAACAAGAGCUCCAAGACUUGAGAAGACAACUAGAGCUUGCAAAUGAAAAGAUUAAUGAACUGGAGAGAAAGCAUUCAGAGGAAGCACCAUCAAGCAAGCAACCAAUGGGAGAGAGCCCUGAACAUCAACAAGAAACACAACUAAUUCAAGAAUUGCCUCUGAGGUUAUCUGAAUCUGUGGAAAACUACAGAGAUAGCUUCAAUGAGGUUUUAUCAGUAAUGCAGAGAUUUGCAUUGGAUCGAAAAUUCUCAACUGAAAAGAUGCUUUCAACCAUGAGUGAAAUUGGUGCACAGCUAUUUGGAACAUUGGAGGCUCACUUUACAAUGUAUAUGAAUGGUGAAAGAUCUUCCACUGGGAACUAUGCUGUAAUCCAGGAACAACAAAAAGAGUUUCAUGAGAGGAUGAAUGGUAUAAUUACAUCACUGGAGUUAUCAGAAAGCCCAAUAACAGAAAAUCAAGAGAAGAGUCCUAUGUACAGCUGUGAACCAAAGGGCUAUGGUUUGGGAGGAGAAACAGAAAAUGCUUACUCAAAGGAUGCUUUAAAUGAAAGAUAUGAAAGCAUGGAAAGGGAAUUACUGCUUCUGAAGAAUGAAAGAGAAUCUUUGCUACAGAAGUUCUCUGAAUCAUCUGAAAAACUUGCAAUCGUUUCAAGCCAAAAGGAAAAUGCUUUGAAAGAUUUAAAUAUUGAAGUACAGAGAAGAAAAAAUCUUGAAGGGGAGGUUAAGCAAUUUACUUCAGCUUUUGCCUGUCGCCAGAAAUCACUUAUUUCCUUCCAUAGUGAUCUUAAGACCAAAAUUGAGAUGUUCAGAGCCCAGACACCAAUUUCAGUAGCCAAGUCUUUUGGGUGUCAGGAUUAGAUAUCUUGUAAACCUUGAACAUCUUAGUGUGUCUUUUGUUGCUCAUGUAUUAUUAUUUAUUAUUUAUAAUAUAUAAUAUAUAUUACACAAUUAUUUUACAUUGAUUGAAUUCGAGCCUCAUUAGUUAGAAUUUGUUUGUGCUUAA